AUGGACGCGUCUCGACGCGCCGCACUGCGCGAUGAGGUGCGCGACAUGUUCCAUCACGCCUUCACUGGUUACAUGUCGUUUGCGUAUCCGGCGGACGAAUUGCGACCCAUCACCUGCGCCCCACUACACCGCGAUCCGAACCCCGCCAACAUUGGCGUGAACGACAUCCACGCCAACAUCAGCAUGACGCUCGUCGACUCGCUCAGCGCGCUUCCUCUGAUCCUACCGGACGAGUACCCGGCAGCCGUGGAGCGAGUAUCACGCAUCAGCUUUGACCAGAACGUGAAAGUGCAGGUGUUUGAGAUGACGAUCCGGGCCCUCGGCGCACUGCUGAGCACCUACCAGAAGCUCGAAGCUCUGCCGGAAGAUCCCAAGGCCCAGGCAGCGGCGCUGGGCAUAGAGGGGACGACCGACGUGAAGAAGUACGCCCCGAGGAUGCUCGAACUUGCCCUCGACCUCGGGACGCGGCUGCUCCCUGCGUUUAAUACGCCGACGGGCCUGCCGUACGCACGCGUUAACCUGCGGCAUGGGAUCGAGGCGCGCGAGAGCUCCGAAACCUGUACGGCUGGGGCGGGGAGUUUGGUGCUCGAGUUCACUCUCCUCUCAAGGCUGACUGGCGAUGAACGCUUCGAGGACCUAGCACACCGAGCGUUCAUGUCGGUCUGGAACCGGCGGACAGCCGAGGACCUGGUUGGAAAUGCUAUCAGUGUCAACCACGGCCAGUGGCUGCAGCCCGGGAUGAGUGGGACGAACGCGGGCAUUGACUCCUUCUUCGAGUACGCGCUAAAGGGCGCGAUCAUGCUCGACGACCCGACAUACAUGGACGUGUUCCAUGACGCGUACGCUGCGAUUCAGACCCAUGUGCGGACGAAGGACGGGUUUAUUUAUCGACCCGUGCAGAUUCGCAGCCUCAGGCCUGCGUCGACGUCCGUGAUUGACUCGCUCUCAGCUUUCUUCCCCGGCGUACAGGUGCUCGCUGGUGACAUUGAAUCAGCAAUUCGCAACCACCUCGUCUUCUGGAACAUUUGGCGACGGUACAGCGGCAUUCCAGAGUCGUGGGCGCACGAUGAGCGUACUGUGGGGUGGGCUGGGUGGCCAGGGCGUCCCGAGUUCAUCGAAUCGACGUACUAUCUCUACACCGUGACGCGGGACGACUUCUACCUGCGUGUCGGUGAGCGUGUCCUGCACGAUAUCAGACGGCGCACAAUCACGCCAUGUGGCUUUGCGACGCUCGCCAACGUCGAGACAGGCGAGACCGAGGACCGAAUGGAGAGCUUCCUGCUUUCCGAGACUCUUAAGUAUCUCUACCUUCUCUUCGCAGACCUGCCGAGCGAACCGCCCACCAACACUGUCUUCACAACGGAGGGACAUCAGUUGCACAUCCCGCGUAACCUGAUACGUCCACCCACGGCGGCACGGCGGGCACUGCACAAGCGCGAGGAUCUCUACUGCCCGCCGUACAUGCCGCAGACGCUGGGUGGAUUGCCAGUCGGCAUCGAGGGACGAGACGACUAUGAGUAUGCGCGCGCUUUGGUGUAUGGGCCUGGGACGGAAGGCCUGCGUGUUGAAGAAGGACGGACAUAUGACGGGCUGGGGACGUGCGCCGUUCCCGAGGUGCCACGGUUCGCCUUCGAGCUCGUGCUCAUGCCCCCCGACACAGAUCCGGAGGCACCAUUACCCGCGCACGACGCGUCGCCGAGUGCGGUCAAGGUGUGGCAGCAGGACGACGGGGACUGGAUGAUCACAGAUAUAGAAGGACUGCGACUCGGAUGCCGCUGGCGCUUUGACGGGGGUGGGUACGACAUUUCCAACAUCGGGCCUCACCGUGUGCGGUACGGACAGCACGUCUUCAUCUCAGAUCCUAAGAUGGAGGGGUAUCUCCCAUCGCUACCCCCUGAGAAGCCAAAGGAGGAUGCGCUUGACGUUGUUCUCCUGGUCCGACAUGCCGGCAAGGACGACACAGUCAUACGUCUCCAGACAUCGACGGCCGACUUUGGGAGGGGCUUCCUCCCGCUAAAGGGGGGUCCGGCGGAAGACGAAUCCGUCAGCUCUGAACAGGCGCCGUUCUCCACCAACGUGGCACUCGACGCGCCGCUUCUCCUCGUUGUGCCAAAGAACACAUUGAACGGUUGCACGGCCGUCGUGGCCAAGAAGCUGGACCCGAAACCCAAGGGGCCUUUCGCUCUCUUUGUCGCCCGUGGUGGCUGCAGUUUCGCCGAGAAGGCUCUCAACGCCGCGCAUGCUGGCGCGUCUAUGCUCCUCGUGGGUGACAACACGGCAGGUGGAGGCCAUGUGCGGCCUACAGCGUCGGAUGAGGCGGCAUCCGUCCUCACGGAGCUACAGGGACUCCGUGUCGGCUUUGUGGGCCACGACGAGGCUAUGGUCCUCGCCACUCUCCACAACGCUGCUCCGCUCGAAGUGGUUGUCGAGGGACCAUUGGCACAGAGGGAGGGCAGUACUGUCCCAAAGCCGCAGAGGCGGGAGGGGCGGUUGGUUGUCGGGGAGCAUGACCUGGUCAACAUCCGGGUUGUCGAGGCAUAG